ACCAACGCAUCAAAAGAAGAUGCUUAUAGGUUAAGAAACUUCAUCCACUAAAAACCCUAAAAAAAAUAAUAAAACAAAAAGAAUAAGAGAAUAAGCGCAAAGGAAAAACAAGAUAAAGCCUCUUCUUUUCUUUCCUCCUCCCUCCAUCUCCACUUUAAUGCUGUUUUUUCCUUUAUCACUUUCUUUGGCUCUGCUAUUCCACUAGUGUGUGUGAUUCUCCACCAUCUCCCUAAAGAGCCAUCAAAACUUUAUUAAAGAAGAAAAAAAUAAAAACUCAAAAGGAUUUCAACACCAUGGUUUUCUCUUCUAUUCCAUCCUAUUUAGAUCCUCUCAAUUGGCACCAACAACCAAAUCCACAUCAAGCAAAUGGAAGUGAUAGUCAUCAAUCUCAUAACUUGCUUCCACAUGGUGGAGGCUCAAUGAUUAGGCCUAGCUCGAUAGCGAAUUCAAAUCAAGCUCAGGUUCAGACUCAGACUCAAGCUCAACAACCUAAAAUACAACCUCAAGAGACAACUUUAAAGUGUCCUCGUUGUGAAUCAACAAACACUAAAUUUUGUUACUACAACAACUACAACUUAUCUCAACCAAGACACUUUUGUAAGACAUGUAGGCGUUAUUGGACAAGAGGGGGUGCAUUAAGAAAUGUUCCUGUUGGUGGAGGGUGUCGUAGGAGCAAGAAAACCAAAAAGAGUACUACAACUAAUACUACUAGCUCUAAGACUCCAUUACUAUCUAAUAGUAAUGAAAAAGAUUAUUCACUUUCAAAUUCAACUUCACUUGGUGAAUUCCUACAUCCAACUAAUAAUAGAACUUAUUUGACUCCUCUUGGUGUUGGAAACAUUGGUCAAAUGGGGUUUCAAAUUGGAGAUUAUAGUUCAAAUAUUGCUGUUGGAGAAGGUGGUGGAGGUUUGGAUCAAUGGAGGUUUCAACAAUUUCCUUUCUUGAAUGGUUUUGAGUCAAAUUCAAAUGUUUCUUACCCAUUUCAAAGUGAAAUUGUUGAACCACCAACUACUUCUAGGGUUACUCAUAUGCCUUCAUCGGUUAAAUUGGAAAACAUUAAUGGAGGUUUGAAUUUGCUAAGAUCUUCAUUGAGUAUCUCGGAGAAUAACAACCAUUACAAUUCAUGGCCUGAUUUUUCUAGUCUUGCUUCUUCUUCCGCUAGUCAUCUCUAGAUAUCAUCUUUCAUGGAUCAACGACAAAAUGAAUUUCUCCAUGAUUAACAAGUUCCACAAUCUUCAUACGGCAAAAAUCAAUGCUUAUUGUUAAUUUAAAUUGACAUAGGCAUGAUAUAAUUUGGUUUUAAUUAUAUAUAUGUUCAUUGUCAUUUGAUUAAUUGUUUAUGUUUAUGCGUUGAGUCAAGUUAAUUUCUUGUGUAGUACUUGAACUUUCUUUGAUUUGUACAACAAUGUGUGCGUGUAUUGAUCAACUAUUUUGUGUUUGCUUUCUCAUGUUAAUUAUAUAUAUAAUUAUUAUUUGGCUACAAA